AUGGAGUCGCAGAUGCAAGUGCCGAGGGUGCAGCCGUAUGUGGUGGUUGGCCCGCAGUACUGCGCACCGUACGAGACCGUUCUUGUAAUGAAGGACAAAAUCUUCUCCUUCCGAGACGCCAAGGAAGUGCGUGAUGUCAACAACAACCUUCAGUUCAGGAUUGCUGACAAGCUUCUUUCCAUCCGCGACAGGACCACGAUUCAGAACGCCAUGGGCGAGUCUGUUUGCACCAUAGUUAGCAAGCUACUUUCCCUGCGUGACACAGUGUACCUUUGCCCAGGGAACAGCACGAACACUGACAACUAUCUCCUCAAGGCCAGGAAGUCCAUUUUGAGCUUCAAGCCAGUGCUGAAGGUAUUUCUGAGAGGCAAUGCUUCUGACAGUCCAGACAUAUACUUAAGCGGCUCAAUACUCAAGCAUAACUUUAAGAUCACUACCAACAGUGGGAUCUUGCUGGCUGAGGUCAAUCAGAACCUGUUGGAUGCAAGGAAGUACAUUUUCGAUGCACAGACGUACUUCAUCCGAAUCAUGCCGAAUGUGGACAUGGCUCUCAUUCUCGCUCUUGUAGCAUUGGCGGAUGCUCUGGUGCUGCAUCCUUACAAGCGGGAGUUCACCUUUUACUCGUGCGCUAACCAGUCCAACUCGCGGAUUGACAGGGCGCUUAUUUCGCAGUCGCUGCUGUCGCACGUGGAGUUUGCCACGCACAUCAUGCCGGCGGACCCGAUCUCAGACCACAGCUUCGCGGUGAAGGCUGCUUUCAGGAUGGAUACACGGGUGAAGCUGGGUCCCGGGCUUUGGAGGUUGCCUGCAUACAUGAUUGGUCGGCCGGGGGUCAGAAAGAUUAUUGAAGCAGUGGAAAGGCAGGUGGCGUCAAACAGAGAAAACUUUGAGCUGCUGAUCUCGAGGCUUAACGCCGACCUUAAAUCUUACGUAAAGGAGGAACGCAAGCGGGUUAAAGCCACAAUGACCCACCUUCAGGAUGCGGUUGCGGCGCUGAAACAAGCGUGGAUGGGUAAUUCGGGGGACGACCGGCUGAAGGCUUUGCUGGUUGAAAAGGAGUCGCAGCUUCGCGGUUACCAACUGGCAAGGCAGGAGAGGCUGCAUGAGAUGGCUGGCAUGAGUGAGGCGGUGGCUGGGGAGGUCGCAUCCCCGUUCCUGUCAGGGAAGAUUAAGGCAAGGCGGGAGAAAACACAGAUCAAGGAGCUGAGUGCUGGAGGUGUGACGGUCACUGACAAUAAGGCGAUUUUGGGGGUUGCGUCGCAGUUCUACAGAAACCUCUUCGGGCACGACAGGCAGCAGGUCGAGUCAGGCUGGGUUCCUGCCACUGGCAGAAUGCUGUCGCUGAUAGCUAGAGAAAGGCUGACGGCGGCUUGGUCAGAGAAGGAGGUGAAAAGCGCUUUUCAUGCGAUGGCGAAGAAUAAGGCUCCAGGGAAUGAUGGGUUGCCGAAGGAGCUGUUUGAGGAGCAUUGGGAUGUGCUGGGUAAGCACUUCAUGGCGCUGGUGGAGAGUUUCACCGAGACGGCGGAGCUCCCUGCAAGCACAAAGAGUGCGGUCACUAUUCGGUUACACAAAAAGGGCGGAAGGGAUGCGGUGGAAAAUUAUCGCCCAAUCACGCUUCUGAGCUUCACUUACAAGGUGUUGGCGCGGGUAGUCGCAGACAGAAUAAACAGGGUCUUGAACGAAGUGAUCUCACCGGAGCAGUACGGGUUCCUGCCGGGCCGGAGGCUCUCGGACGCGGUGGGGUUGGUCGCGUAUGUGAUUGACGCUGCAAAGAACGAGCAGGCGGACUGGUACUUCCUGCUGGUGGAUUUCCAGAAGGCCUUCGAUUCAGUCUCGAGGAAUUAUCUGUUUCUAGUGCUGGAAAAGAUGGGCUUUCCCAGCAGGUUGGCGCAGGAAGCUGUGAACCGCAGCCUGGGUCUCACAGGGGGUGCUCAGCGGCUGGCUUACCUGGGGUACGCGGACGACACAACGUUGCUCCUGCAAGGGGAGGAUCAGAUAGCAGAGGCUGAAAAGCUGCUUGAUGACUUUGAAAGGGAAUCGGGGUUGGCGACCAACAAAUCGAAGUCUGCCGUCUUACCUUUGGGCUGUAAUCUGAAUAAGCAGGCCAGUAAGACGGAUGGCUUCAAACGGGUGAAGGCCGAUGAGGCGGAGCGUCUGUUGGGGGUCUGGGUGACGCCGGCCGGCUGUUGCGCGCCCACUUGGGAGAAGGCUUUUGCAAGGAUUAAGGAGAAGCUGAGACAGUGGGAGGUGCAACACCUGACAACCGGGGCGAGGGCAGCGGUUAUUAACUGCUACAUCUCGCCUAUCAUCUUCUUCCAGGCGCAGGUAUAUCCGCCUCCGGUUGACAUCUGGGGGAGGGUUCUGAAGCUAACUCACAAUUUCAUGUCGGGGAAUCGGGCCACCACAGACAAAGCUUUCAUUCUGUGGAGCAAGGAACUGCUCUACAUGGCUAGAGAGGACGGGGGUGUGGGGGUGAAUGAUCCGGAGAUAGCCCUCACCUGUCUCACGGCGCGGCGUAUUGGACUACUCCUCACCGAGACAAACGAGCUGAAGCGUGACAUCAUGCUCAAGGCUGCCGAUUUGCCGCUGGGGCUGGACACCUUCGUCUCCCAUGUCAAGCUCUUGAAGUGCUGGAGUGGGAAGAGCGAGAGAUGGAAGCUGGCAUGCGGUGACUUCAUGCAGUCGCCGCUGGCCAUCACAUCACCGGUGCUGUCGCGGGAGGAGGCAGAGAUGGAGAGGAUUGUAUUUAACCGUCAUAUUCUGCUUAACGGAAGGACCCCGGUGGGAGGGCAGAAGGCUGCGGAGAAACUCUGGGAGCUGGAAGCUGCUCCUACUGCCUGCCGAGCAACAGGUGGGGGAUUGUUCGGCUCGGAGGGCUCCCCUCCAGAGAACCCUGGUGCUCAGCGGUGGGCAGCUGACGUCGUUGAAGGAGCUGAAAGGAAGCUGGCAGCAGAAGAAGCAUCAGUCCGCGAAGAGGGAGCUGUGGGCGGGCAGAUGGGGAGGUGA